CCUCCUGGAUCUGGCCGGGCUGGAGCCCCGCGCCCCCUCCCCUGCGGGAGGGGGUUGGGUAGAAAGUUCCUGUUAUCUGCCCCCACCUCAGUGGGACCCGCGUCUUUUCUUAAGGUGGCUUUGACCCCGGGUUGCCCGGCCAGUGGGACCGAGGAGGUGGCUGGACAGCCGGACGAUGAACGGAGAAGCCGACUGCCCCACAGACCUGGAAAUGGCCGUCCCCAAAGGCCAAGACCGCUGGUCGCAGGAAGACAUGCUGACCCUGCUGGAGUGCAUGAAGAACAAUCUCCCGUCCAACGACAGUUCCAAGUUCAAGACCACGGAGUCCCACAUGGACUGGGAAAAAGUCGCAUUUAAAGACUUCUCCGGUGACAUGUGCAAGCUCAAGUGGGUGGAGAUUUCCAACGAGGUGAGGAAGUUCCGAACGUUGACAGAACUGAUCCUUGAUGCUCAGGAACACGUUAAAAACCCUUACAAAGGCAAAAAGCUCAAGAAACACCCUGACUUCCCAAAGAAGCCUCUCACCCCUUACUUCCGCUUCUUCAUGGAGAAGCGGGCCAAGUAUGCGAAGCUCCACCCCGAGAUGAGCAACCUGGACCUGACCAAGAUCCUGUCCAAGAAAUACAAGGAGCUUCCGGAGAAGAAGAAGAUGAAGUAUAUUCAGGACUUCCAGAGGGAAAAACAAGAGUUUGAGCGAAACCUGGCCCGGUUCAGGGAGGAUCACCCCGACCUUAUCCAGAAUGCAAAGAAGUCGGACAUCCCCGAGAAGCCCAAAACCCCCCAGCAGCUGUGGUACACUCACGAGAAGAAGGUGUACCUCAAAGUGCGGCCAGAUGAGAUCAUGCGGGACUACAUCCAGAAGCACCCCGAGCUGAACAUCAGCGAGGAGGGCAUCACCAAGUCCACCCUCACCAAGGCCGAGCGCCAGCUCAAGGACAAGUUCGACGGGCGACCCACCAAGCCGCCUCCGUGAGCGCCGCCCCGGGUGG